AACCUCGCUUUGGAAGCCACAUUCAUUAACCACAACUUCAGCCAACAGGUGUUGAAAUCUGGAGCUACCGAGGCAAAGUACAAGUUCCCGGAGGCCAAUCCGUUUGUAUCAGAGGAGGAGGAGGGCGAAGUCGCCUCCGUCGGCUACCGCUACCGCAAGUGGAACUUGAAUAAUGGUGUUGUGCUGAUAGCGCGGUGCGAGCACGACGCGGUGCUGCAGGGCCCGCAGAACGAGACGCAGUUCCUGUCCAUCAAGGCGCUGAACGAGUGGGACUCGAAGCUGGCCAACGGCGUGGAGUGGCGCCAGAAGCUGGACACGCAGCGCGGCGCCGUGCUCGCCAACGAGCUCCGGAACAACUCCUGCAAGCUCGCCAAGUGGACCGUGCAGGCGCUGCUGGCGGGCUCGGACCAGAUAAAGUUCGGGUACGUGUCGCGGGCGCAGGUGCGCGACAACUCGCGGCACGUCAUCCUCGGCACGCAGCAGUUCAAGCCGCACGAGUUCGCGGCCCAGAUCAACCUCUCCAUGGACAACGCCUGGGGCAUACUGCGCUGCAUCAUCGACAUCUGUAUGAAGCAGAAG